AUGAUCAAAUGGAGGCUUACGGAAGUCAAAGGAGUUCCGUCUUGGUCAAGCAGCAACGGAAAAGUAGCCCUGCUAGGCGACGCAGUGCAUGGCAUGACCCCGUAUACUGGCCAAGGUUCAGCAAUGGGCAUCGAAGACGCCGCAGUUCUUUCCCAUCUUCUCCAAACCGCCACCCCAACCUCUCCUUUAUCUCCCAUCAUGGACCGUUACGAACAAGUCCGCCGCAGACGCUGCGAGAUCGUCCAGUACCUUGCCAGCGUGCAGGGCCGAUCGUGGGCAGCAAAGGAUCCCGCAAGGAUCGACCAGAGACGUGAGAUGUGGCGGCAUGCCAACGACAACAUUACUGGAAAGGAUGUGAAGUCUGAUAUGAACGCUAAUUACGGGUCACGGGCUUUCGCGAGGUGGGUGGUGACGUUUGAUGUGGCGGAGGCGUGUGGCGAGGGCGAAGGCGCGAGGGCAAGGUUGUAG